UUACUAGGCAUUCAUUUUAGGAGCAAAGAUGUGCCUCCAGUAUCUACAAAUAACACUAAGAUAACAGAUUUUUUCAAUGUCAGACGAAGUCACAGGAAGACAAGCAAGCAAAUUGAAAUGGAAGUGAGAAGUGCACUGGAAUCCGCAAUCCUUUUGAGUAGCAAUGAAAAGUUUCUAGAAAUUUAUGAGUGUAAGGAGAAGGGGCGCGGGAUACGGUCACUGAAAGAUUUUCAGAAAAACGAUUUUGUUAUCGAGUACAAAGGUGAGCUGAUUGACUCUGGAACUGCAAGGGCUCGAGAAAAAAAAUAUGCUGAAGAUUCGAGUAUAGGGUCUUUCAUGUAUUUUUUUAACUAUGGCAAUAAACACUACUGUGUGGAUGCAACCGAGGAAACUGUAUAUAAAGGACGCCUUAUAAACCACUCAGUUUUGCAUCCUAAUCUGAAAACCAAGAUCGUCGAAAUCAAGGGUACCGUUCAUCUAAUUUUGGUUGCAAAACGCGAUAUCAAAGAAGGCGAAGAACUUCUGUAUGAUUAUGGCGACAGAACACCUCUUACUGUAGCGAACAAUCCGUGGUUACUCAAUUCAUGA